CAACUCGGCCCACAACGUUAUCCAGCCCCUCUUUCCUCUCCUCUUCUUGACACCGGCCUGUCUAUUUGACAGACAGGGUCGCGCAAACUGCGCGCCCAAUGUCUCCAUCAUCCGACUAUGACAUCCCCAAGCCGUCCAAGAUGAAAAUGAAAGAGUCAAAAUCUGACAUUGCUCAGCGCCUGUAUCGCAAAGAGCAGAAGCGGAUACAGCGCGAGCAAGACAAAAUACGACGAGCAAACGCGUCAAAUAGCUUCUUCUCGCCGCCACGGCCAGCACGCGACGAGUCGAUCUCACCACCGCGCUACGGACCGAACGCAGGCAAGCGGCGGCGGGCGAGCGACGGCGACGACAACGACGAGGACGACUGGCAGCAUACCGCGCGGGAGGACUUCCUCAACCACAUGGACUGGUUCUACGACGAGGAGCUGCGGCACCAGGAGCCGGGGCACAUCUUCGCAGGGUGGGAGGACUUUGUGCCGGCGCGGCAUCGGCCGGCGGCGGCCUCGUCCUCCUCUCGGCGACAAGCGUGGGCCGAGGUCGACUUUGACCCGUUCGGGCCUGUGCCGCCACUCGAGGAGAUGACGGAAAACGAGUACACGUCGUUUAUCCGCGAGGGGCUGCGCGCGCGGCUCCGGCACGCGGAGCAAGCGGCCGCCGAGCGGACCCGCGAAGCUCGCCGGGCCGAGGAUGCCCGCCGCACAAGGGAACGACAGCAGCAAGAAGAAAAGGAGGAGCGGGGGCGCAAGCGCGCGCGAUACGCCGAGUGGGCCGCAAAGGAAGAACACGUCGCGACCGAGCGCGCCAAGCGCGCUGACCCGGCCAAGGACGCAGCAGCACGCACGUACCAGCGCUCGCGGUGGCGUGCGGCGUGCACGGCGCUCAUGGUGGACGGGGAGGCGGCCGAGGUGGUCGCGGUCGAGCUGACGUUCGACGACAUCCCGUGGCCAGUGUACCGCGCCCGACCGGAAGGCGACUACGAGCUCCUGUUAGGCCUGGACGACCUGACGAUCGACAAUGUGCGCGCGUUCCUCUUCGCGCUGGCCGACGACGAGGCCAAGGACGGCAAGACGACCGACGCGCGCCGCAAGGUCCUCCGCGAUGCCAUCCGCCUGUUCCAUCCUGACAGGUUUUAUGGGCGUGUGUUGCCCCGUGUCCGCGAGAAGGACAGGGAGAGGGUUCGCGAGGGAGUUGAGAGGUGCUCGCGGCUUAUCAACGAGCUCCUCGCGGCCAAGUAGAGCGGAGUAGACGAUUGCAUAGAGGAAGGCGCCAUCAAGAAGGAAGGACGAAGCCUCCAUCAGGAGAGAAGAAGGACCAAACCUUGCCUACCACACACACACACACUUUUUGUCACAUACCACGGCAGUCACACACCACGUUGUAGAAACACAUGUAUUCCGGC